UAUGUGGAACGAAAGCUCCGACUCAUCCGAUCCGAGGGCACAUUGCACACUCACCCAAAUGGCACCUCACCAAUGACGUCAGAUAAGCCGUCUGCCCAUCUGCUUUAUCGCGGGGGUAAUAGUACACCGCGCGGUUUUCGAGGGCAGGACGGAAUGUAUACCAUCACUAACUGGGCCAAAGGCAGCCUUGGCUACCUCAGCGGCGUCGACUUCCAUUCACAUUCCGGCAGUUUCGUCAUCAAAGAAGAAGGAAGAUACUUCAUCUACAGCCAGGCUUUGUUCUUAUUCACCUACCAGCCCAGUGACGUCACUUCUGCCCAAAAUCCACGUGGGGAAACGGUGGUCCACUCCAUUUACCGAAACAACAUCCGCCGCGCUGCAGAGGAAGAGAUGAUGACGGGACGGAAGUCGAACUGUUGGUCCACGGAGAAAACGUUCGAGGUCAAGUCGAAUUAUCUAGGAGGGGUGAUUUACCUGAGGGCGGGAGAUGAGGUGUACGUCAAAGUUUCUGACCUCACUAAGGUGAAAAUAAACGACUUUAAGUCCACGUAUUUUGGUUUGUACAUGUUGUAAAUUUCAAGUUGUUUCAGAAAUAGUUUGCAAAAAAAGAGGUAUGACUACGUCAUAUUCUUAAUAACGAAUCUAUUUCUUUUUAUCAUUAUAGGUUUUCUCCCUAAUUUUCUUUUUAUUUGUGAGGGUCGCUUCUUUGCUUAAGGAUGGGCCUCUGUAUUAAUGGGCGCCCUUCCGAAUGUUAACCAAUAGCUAGAAAAGAAAGAAAAUUGGCACUUCUUUAUUUCUUUUUCUUGUGGAUAUUGUGUGGAUCUGUUAUAGAUUUUCAUUGUACAAUAAUUUGCUCAUUAGAAUGCCCUCUGUACCCUGAAGCAUUAGAAGUGAGGUUGAAAGAUUAAUUGAAAUUG